AACUGUUUAAAAAAAUUAUUUUUUAAAUAUAUAUAUAUUUAUUUAUUUAUUAGAAUUCUAAAUUUUAUAUUCCAAAAACUUUACUACAUCUCUCAGCUCUAAACUUUAAAUCUAAAUUAGUUAAUUCUAAAGAUAUAGUCGUGUAGAUGUAUUUUACCCUUCAUUAAAAGUGAGAAUAAAAUUGGUUAGUGUAAACAUGAAAAGUGCUAGUAUGAAUGUGGUAUUGUGGCAAUUUCCCUAGAACUUUAAGGUGAAUUAAUUAGUAAACAAUAUAUUUAUUAAGAUACGUUUUUACUAAUUCCGUUAUGAAUUUGGAAUAUUUUUUUAAUAGAAGUACUAAAUAUAGUGUUACAUACUUACAUAUAUAGUCAAGUCAAUGAAUUUAGUUUCAUGUUAUUAUUUUCUUACUAAUCUGCACAUUCCUAAAUAGAGAGAGAUUAUCUCUUAUAUAUAAUCGGUUUACUGAUAAACAAACACCCCCAAGAUCUAAAUAAAUCACAUACCUCCUUUUACCACAUUCAAGGCAAUGGCUUUCUCCUGCGUCACAAGAGACCUAAUUUCAGUUCUUGCCCUUAUUCUUCUAUCAUUUACCCCUUUCUCGUCAUCUUUUUCUCCGAGGGACAAAGUCACAAUAGGAGUGCUUGCCCAACUCUGCGCAAAACCGCCAAUCUACAACCAUUUCUGCGCCGGUUGGCUAGCCCCUGAUCCAGAAACUUUCAACCUCGACAUAAGUGGUCUUGUCGACUUGGUCCUCCAAAAGACGCAGUUGUUUGCCUAUAAGAAUCUUGCCAUGAUGAAAGGCUUAGUGAGAACCACAAAUGAUCCGAGGCUCAAGGUCCCAUAUACGACCUGUGUGACAGGUUAUGAGUCAGCCAUUAAAGCCAUCGAGGGAGCUCAAACGUUUGCGACCUCUAAAUCGUACAAGCUAGCAUCUCAAGCAGCUUCUAAAUCCUUUGAUAGUAUAUCGUCUUGUGAAGCUGAUCUUAAAGGACAGCAAAAUGUGCCUGCUUAUGUUCCUCAACGCAAUUUGAUGUACGGAAGAAUGUGUACCGUUGAUUCAGUUUUCUCCAGCGUUUUAAGUUCUUGAUUCUUUUGCAUCUUUCAUUCACCUACAAGGUGGCAAUAAAAAAUAGACCUAUCAAAAUUCCAUUUACUAUCUGCUGUAAUAACAUAUGUUUUUUUUUAUAAGUUUCUUGGACUUCCAACUUAAAAGGAAUUGACAAUUAGUAGAUUGAUCUUAACUAUUUAUAUAUUAUUAAAUGUCCUGCUCGAUGUGAGAUACUUAUCCCUAAUACCCCUCCUCGAGAUGAUAGCUCUUAUCGGCCAGAAAUCUCGGAACUUUAAAACAUUUAUACACGGUCGAGCGAGUCAAUUACGACCUUUAUACCCGGUCAGGGAGGAUUAUCUUAAUUAAGGGUUUAUGGUAUUUAGGAUAUGGGCUCGGAUAACCAUUAGUCUCACAGAAUCCAUCAUACCUAUAGAAACCCGUUAAAACAAAAAAAGAGAGAGAAUGGUCGAGUAUCUUUGUGGUGGUCGAGUCGCGGGCGAUAAGGAUCAAUUGAGAAGUUUUGAAGUACGAGGUGGGCGAAGAAGUGAUCGUGGGUGAACUAUGAGUCGAAUAAGUUGCUUGACCAUAGUUAGAAGAUGUCUUAGAUUGAUCAGUUAGACGUUUUGAAAGCAUCACGUUUUUGGAAGCACGACGUUCUAGAAGCUCGACGUUUUAGAAAAAUGAUGUUUCUUCAGCACGAACUUUUCCACGAAACUUCGGCGGAAUAUUAUUUCAAAGACACUGGAAGCAGGACGGGAAUUAAGCAGGACGGAAAGCAAGCACGACGGGAUCGAAGCAUGACGGAAAAACCCGAAAUUGGACGAAACCUUAAUUUCGGUAUUAUGGAAGUUUUCGAUGAAGCCGAAGGAUCGGGAAUUAUUUACCGCCAAGGUCAGAGUUCAGUCUGGAGUUUAUUAAAAAUAUUCAGCUCAUCAGAACGGGAGCAGAAAAAUAGUCAGGGUUAAUCGCAGAUCCGAAAAAUUGCCGGAAGGACCGAAAUCAGACGAAUGGACCGAGAAGCUCGAGGUGGCUCGUUGCAUGGGUUCAGAACGUGGUGUCAGCCAUCUAACAAGCUGAGUGUCUCCAAAAGCACGAGGUGUCGCCGUACAUGGAAGCAGUACACGCAGUCUGACAUGUAGAAGCACGAGGUGGAUCGACCAAGAACGAAGUGUCGCCGCGCAUGCAAUCGAAGUAUGCGGCCAGCCAUGUGUGAGUUGCUGUGGCGCCUUGCAUGAGUUACAGUCAUGCAGCCUGACAUAUGGGAGGAGUGGUGGUGGCCUGUAUGUGUCAUGGCCAUGCUGAUAGCCAUGUGGAGCACGAGGUACUGCCACGCAUGCGUCCGGAGCCAUGCGAAGCGACACGCGGGCUGCCACCAACCUGAAGCUGAUUGGCUGGUGUCUCCUAUAAAUACCCCAUGACCCCAGCUCAUUUCAACACUUCCAGACCUGUCCAAACCAAGUUAAAAACAUGAGAGAAAAGUAGAAAAGGAAAGCAAGUGAUUCCGAGCUAUUUCGAGAGUUUUA